AUGGGCGCAUCGCAGUCGACCGGAGGCGGGGCAGCCGAGGGGCAGGUUGGUGGGGAAGUCAAGACCAGCUACUACGAGCUGCUCAGUGUGGAGAGGACCGCGACACAGGACGAACUCAAGAAGGCAUAUCGCAGAAAAGCACUUGAGCUGCACCCUGAUCGCAACUAUGGCAACGUCGAACGCACCACCGCCCUCUUCGCUGACGUCCAGCAUGCAUACCAGGUCUUGUCUGACGAGCAAGAGCGCGCCUGGUACGAUGCGCACGAGGCCGACAUCCUGCGCGGCGGCACUGGGGAGGGCACUGGAGAGGACCAGUACCAGGGCAGCAUGAAGGUCACCACACCAGAGGAGAUUACACGAAUGAUGGGACGGUUCAGAAGCAACGUCCAGUACACGGAUGCGCCCAGUGGCUUCUUUGGCUUCGUGCGCGAGACCUUCGAGCAGCUGGCAAAGGAGGAAGAAUAUGCUGCCGACUACGAGGGCACCAACAUACCGAACUAUCCCUCUUUUGGCCACAAGGACGACGACUACGAGGGCGUGGUGCGCGACUUCUACGCUGUGUGGGACGGCUUCGCAACGGCAAAGAGCUUCGUCUGGCUGGACGUAUACCGCUUGUCAGACGCGCCCGACCGCUAUACGCGCCGACUAGCAGAGAAGGAGAACAAGAAGUACCGCGACGAUGGACGAAGAGAAUUCAACGACGCUGUCAGGACGCUAGUAGCAUUCGUACGCAAACGAGACCCUCGAUACACGCCCGACACACGAUCCGCCGAAGACAAAGCGAAGGCACAACGAGAACUGAGGAAGGCACAAGCUGCGAGAGCGAGGGCGGAACUGAACGCCAAGCUGGAGCGCGAGGCACAGGAGCUUCCAAGUUGGGCUACAGAACGACCAGCAAGCGAAUUAGAAGAGUCUGAGGAGGAAACUGAGGAGGAACACUUCGAGUGUGUGGCGUGCAACAAGACGUUCAAGAGCGAGCGGCAAUACGAAGCGCAUGAGAAGAGCAAGAAGCACCAAAAGGCGCUGAAGGAUCUAAAGAGGAAGAUGCAGAAAGACAACGCACACCUGGACUUGGAUGACUUUGGGGCCAGCAUUGGGGUCUUGACGCCUGCAGAGAGUGGAGGCGACGACGCAGUGAGCACGGAGGCAUAUGUGAUGAUGGACGAUCCUGUGGAAGACCUUACAACGGAGGCAGAGAAGCUUGGUCUGGACGACACACUUUCAGACGUGGAAAGCGAAGCAGAAGCCGGAACUACGCAUCCAGCCAACGAUGCGCCCAGCUUAGAGAAGGCUGCAGAGGAAGACGAUGAAGACGAUGAAGACGAUGAAGACGACGAAUAUGCCUCCCGCCCCGCUAUUGAAGCCCGCCUCGCCGGCCUUGCAUCUACUUCCGUCUCCACACCGCAGUCAGGUACAGAAACACCAGACACCGAGACUGCCGAAGCACAAGCACCGAAGAUGGGCGCAGCUGCGAAGAAGCGGGCGAAGAAGGCCGCAAGACAGGCCGAGAUGGAGCAGACUGCUGGGGAGCAUAAGUGCAUAGGUUGCGAUGCUUCAUUUCCUUCAAAGACACAACUGCACGAUCAUCUGAAGAAGAACCUAAAGCAUGCGGCACCGAAGACUGUCCCGACACCUGGAGGCAAGAGGGGGAAGAGGAAAUGA